AUGUCGAUCUUCAAAGAGGCCUGUCGACCAUAUCGGGUCAAUAGUGCUCAAUUUUUCUCUAAAAAAGCAGUUCGACAAUCCAGAGCUUUCACCUCGACGACUUCAGUCCGCGCUCCUCUAACAGAAGAGGAAAUUCAAGGCGCUCAUAAAUACUGUGUCGCUCUACUCACAAAAUAUGACCGUCCCUCGUAUACCCUGAGCAGCUUCAUUCCAGCACACGCUCGCACCUUCUACCUCGCUCUCCGCGCCUUAAAUGUCUCUCUCUCGUUAAUCCCCGAGACCACUUCCUCCCACACAAUCGGGCUCAUGCGCCUACAAUUCUGGCGCGAUGCAGUAUCCAAGAUUCUAGCCGGUAACCCUCCAAAAGAACCGGUCGCCAUUCUCCUCGCCUCCGCGAUCUCCGAUCUCCACGAGCGUACAGAAGGUCGCGCCCGGAUAAGCAAAGGAUGGCUUACUCGACUAAUCAGCGCCCGCGAACAAACCCUUACCAAUGAUCCCUACACCAAUAUCGCAGCUCUGGAAUCCUACGCCGAGAAUACGUAUUCAACCCUCAUGUAUCUUACCCUCUCCGCAUUACCCAUGACCUCCGUUACAGCGGACCACGUUGCUUCGCAUAUUGGGAAAGCGGUUGGAAUCACAGCUGUCUUGCGAGGACUUCCGCUCGUUGCGUUUCCCAACCCCCAGCCUCAGGCACCUCAUGGUGGAGGUGCGGCGACUCUGGGAUUGAGUGGUGGUUCUAAACCAGGUGCGGUGAUGUUACCGUUGGAUGUAAUGGCGCAGGCGGGUGUGAAAGAGGAAGAUGUUUUGAGACGGGGUGCAGAGGCGGAGGGAUUACGCGAUGCGGUUUUUACCGUUGCGACGCGCGCGAGUGAUCACUUGAUUACUGCGCAACAGAUGUUGAGUAAUUUGCGUGCGGGUCAAGAUGUUGGUCAUGAUUUUGAGCAUGAGGGUGAAGAAGGUCAUGAGUAUGAUUCUCCUGAUUUGUCGCGCGACUCGCCACUUGAUGAGGUCAAUAGGGCUUUUGGUGUUUUCAUGCCUGCUAUUGGGACGAGACUCUGGCUUGAUCGCUUGCAGGAGCAUGAUUUUGAUGUCUUUCGUCCUGAGUUGUUGCGCUCGGAUUGGAGACUUCCUUGGAAGGCGUACUGGGCUUUCCGACAGAAGGAGAUCUAA